GAGAUGCUGCUUAUUAUCAAAGUGCCGAUUAUUACAGAAAUUCGGUGCCUUUAAACUAUCGGAAUAACAGACAUUAUUUCGCCCGGUUACCAGGUAGGAAAAGGGUCGCAUUCAUUGCUGUCAGUAGCCGUGACACUGCGAAUGGAUGGAUGCAUGCAGCCUCAGCUACAAUGUAACCAGUGCAAUUUGCUGAUUGAAGAGGGUGUAAACAUGUUGGUAUUAUACUGUAUGUUGAACUAGCCUAGUGUACAGCUAUAAAACAUUUUUUGUCGAGGUUGAGCCUUCCCAUUAAUUUGAAGAGAUUAGACCAACAGUCAUGUUGAAAUUAAAUAUGUAAUCAGAGUUAUAAUAGGUUGCUGAUCAAUUCAACCCAAAAUAUAUAUGUCAACCUAAAUGAGUUGAUUUGCUGUAUCCACAGCACCCUCUCUGUUCCUCAUUCUCCUUCAGUGCAGGUGUGAUGCGGUGGAUUGGUGUUUCAUGUAAAAUCAGCUAAAGUAAUAGUGGUCAGACCGGUGGGUGUAGAAUGACAUGAUGGUCCCCUUCUUUAGGGGGAGGACCAUGUUUUUGACAGUCUCGGUUCCCAAUUCUUGAAAUCUGUCUACUCUUGUCAUGGUACAAGCUCAUUGGCACACCAUGGUGUAGUGUACAUUAUUCACAUGAUGAUAAUGGUGUUGAUAAGGAUUAUUAUGAAUAACAGCUUGGGUCUGGACUUGAGUUUACCUUGUUAUCCAGAAAUAUUCUCUUAAGUGAUUAAACCUGUUAUAGCAUAUUUUGCAACAUCAUCUUUCCAGACCUAAUUGUAUUCAAUAGGUCUACUCAGUCUGUUGUAAUCAGAUGAAAUGGCAUUGUCCACUAAAAUAGGUUGAGAGAGCUGAGUCUUGCAGGUCACAUCCCUGGAGAUGUUAUAAAUGCUUGAUAAGCAACUUCAUUUUGUACUUUACCCUGAUUUCAUAUAGCUUUAUUGGUAAACAUUAGUAUUGACAGAUUUGAUCAUUCAGUCUUGUUUUAUGACAGCCUUCAAGCUGCCCCCUAAUCUUAGCCUAUAGUCUUCUUAUCAACUAUCCCUCACUUGAACUGGCAAUAAUGAGCCCUUUCAGACUGCUAACUCAAUAGCCUAACUGCUGUGUUGCCAUCUCUAACUAGGCUAACUAAUGGGUACAUUUAAGCUGCAAUUAAUCUGUUUUAUCUGCAUGACUGAGUGUUAACAAAAUACCAUAGGUCUCAGGGUCUUUCAACACAUCUCCACGCUAAAACCAUGUCUAUCUUGAGACGUUGCAAGGCAUUGCACAUUUAGCGAAUCAAAUCAAAGCAAAUGUUAUUGGUCACAUACACUUGGUUAGCAGACGUUAAUGCGAGUGUAGUGAAAUGCUUGUCAGAAUAAGAGGACUGUAAUUCUCUAAUUAAAAUAUGAAGUUCUUAUGAGUUAUCUUCAACCUUUCUCCAUUCAAAGACUAGUCAUGCACUUGAUUCCACUGCAUGAGGCAUACGCUUUUCACUCCAUAAUUGAUGUGGCAGAGGUGACAGUAUAAAAGGCAUGAAAUAACUAUAAGUAUGUGACAAACACCUUUUACUGUGAAGGGCUAUUCAACUUUUGAAGGUUCUUUGUUAUUUUCUUCUUCUGCACAGAUACCAAAUGAUAGAAUUAGAACCCUCUCCUUUAAAACCACAAAAUACUUUUCUUAUUAAGCUACUUCACUCUAACUCAGAGACCCAAGGCCAUCCCUCAUGAUACAUGGUCAAUGACUCUAUACUCAUUAAUAUUUGCAUUUUACUUGAGAUCCCAGUGUUAAGUCUCAGGAGGAGUGUUUUAUACCCAAGAUUCUAAAAUAUUACUUUUACUUUGACCUUGGGCUAUGACAAUGUAGGUUCCUGACUAUUUUGGGGAUUAGGCUAUAUUCUCCAAUGAGCAUGUGAUUCAGGUUUGUCUCCUUGUUACUCUGCAUGUGGAAAGAAAAGCAGUUUACAGUAUACUGCACUACAACGCUAAGCAGAUUAGCAGUUUUGUUUCUACUUCAUUGCAAAACCCAGAAAACAUGUAUAUAAAGUGAGCUAUUUUCUUGGAUAAUUAUUUUCACACUCAUAUUUGAGAAUUUUCAGGUGUUUGGAUGACAUUAUGUCAUUUAUCAGAAUAACAUUGACGUACACAGUGGGCCUAGUAUUGCUGGGAAAAUAAUUUAGUUUGUUAUCGGAAAGUUCCGUUUCAAGCAUGCCAUUCACUUGGUGUCACUGCAUGGCUGCUGGAAUCAAAAACAUCCCACACUGUUAUUGGGUCUCCAAUCUGAGUUGAUGCAGCAGAAACAUCAGACAUGAGCACAGCCACUGACCCAUCCCCCACAUCAACCCUCAUGCAGAAAAAAUGUGGCCACACAUGAUUGCCUGAAAUGUAUCCAGCCAAGCAGGCAAUAGUCUGUUUGAAUCAGCACCAGAUCAAGAGAUGAUUGAGGAACUUAUUUUCACAAGGAGCAGAGCCCAUGCUUGACUGCAGGGGAAGCGUCAUUUUCACAAUGACCACUGGACUGUGAAACCCACCAUUGUUCUAUUUGUUAUUGUCAGUUUCACUAGGGAGAAAUGAACACAGUUGAUGACUGUAGUUCUUGCUUCCUCCCAAUGUUAUACAGCCAUUACAUGGCUAUAAUAAGUGUAGAAUCCAGUCUAAUACAUACUUUGCCAUCAUUGCAUUGGCCCUCAGGACCAGAGUCUAUGCUGACGCCUUCAAUGAGCCUUUUUGGCCAGCAACAGCCGUUGUUCCAGCCAAUGCCUCCUACACAUACCCUUGGACCCCCUCCACAGACCCUCAGGCCGUCUACACCAGUGGUAGUGGCCCCGGACCCCCUCCUUUUCCCCCUCUACAGCCCUCUGUCUGCCAAACCACCCGCUCACCUCCAGCUGAUGCAGGGCCUCCCUUGCCCUGUCCCACCUCCAACUGCCCAGGUGGCCCUCAGCACCAAGCCCCAGGAGGAAGAGGCUCAGAUCGGGGCCACAGACCAGGACGCUACCUUGGAUGAGCUGUGUAAGCCUCUGUACUGCAAACUGUGCAACGUCACCCUCAACUCUGCCCAGCAGGCACAGGCCCACUACCAGGGUAAAAACCACAGUAAGAAGCUGAGAAAUUUUUAUGCAGGCAGCCAGCAGCUGCCUGCCAUCAGGAUUCCGGAGGUAAUAGAACCAGUUUCCCAGCAACCCCUCACGACUCCACCAACUGAGAGUGUAACUCCAAAACAGCCGGUGUCAUUUAACGGUGCCAGCAGGGUGAUCUUAGCCACGGAGAACGACUACUGCAAGCUGUGUGACGCCUCGUUCAGCUCACCUGCCGUGGCUCAGGCACACUACCAGGGCAAGAACCAUGCCAAGAGACUGCGGCUGGCUGAAGCCCAGCAGAGCAGUAGCAUCAUAGAGUCAAAUGAGUGUGUCCAGAGGCGUCCGAAGAAAGAGGGGAGCGAGUACAAGUUGAUCAAGAACCGCAGGACCUCACAGGUGCCCCCUGCCAUGCCAGCCCCCUACUACAACCCACGGCCCAGGCAGAGGAUCCCCAGAGACCUGGCCAUGUGUGUGACGCCCAGCGGCCAGUUCUACUGCUCCAUGUGCAAUUCUGGGGCCAGCGAGGAGGCCGACUUCCGCCUUCACCUGGAGAGCAAGCAGCACAAGAGCAAGGUGUCGGAGCAGCGCUACCGCAGCGAGAUGGAGAAUCUGGGCUACACUUAGGAGGGCAGCGCCGCAGCACGGGGAGGAGAGGGGAAUGGGGGGGAUUCACACUGAAGUUUGCCAAUAGUAUAGGAGGAUUGGGGUAUUGGGGAAGUUUAUCUCACAAUCGGUUUCCUUUCCCCAGUUUAAACCUUGUUAUUACUUGAGUUUGAGUAGCUGAACAUUGCUAUGUGUAGUAGAGGAAAGCAAAGUUCUAUUACAGGCUUCUACCAGACCAGGUGAAUGUACUGUGAUUGCGAUGACAAUUAUUAAGCGAUAGGUAUUUUUUCAAUUGUAAAAAUCUGACUGACUGUUCUCUUUCCUCAUGUGUGUUUACAUGGGUUUGGUAUGACUCCAAGCAUCUUGGACAUGCCAGUCAACUCAACCUCUGGUCCUGGUCCCUUAUUAUUUUGGGAUGCUAUAAAAGCCAGCUGCUGUAAGCCCUUGACUUCCCUAUGGGAGGUGUGCUUUUCGAAGAGCAGAGUAACUCAGGAGAAUAUAGAGCAGGCCAGAGAAGGACUAGCUUUAAUUGGGGGGAUUUAGGGUUAUUUCCACAUGACCUCUACUCUGUUUAAUUUAGAGAAAAGGGAAUUUAGACUGUUCAAAGCCCAAUUUGUUCAGAGGAGGAACACAACGCUUGAGUUCUUAUUCCCAUAUAUCUACCCCUUAAUCCAGUGCAUGUGUACAAGUAAAUCUAGGCAUUCAUUGUCUGGUUCUUUUUUUUUCAGUCACAGAAAAAUGAUCGCUCGUUAACAGUGUAUUCUCUCUGGCUCUCAGAUGAUGUGUUUUUCUGUGUCAUAAAUGCUCUUGUAACCUAUUUUAAAAUUGCCUUUUUUGUAGUUCUAGUCAGACCAUGGUUUAUUUGUUUUAAUUUAACAUUGCCUUUUGAUUUAUAAGAUUUACUGUGUAUUGUUUUCUCUUUAUGAGUGUUUGUUUUUAUAGACAAUUAGCCAGAGAAAAUAUCUACUGUUAUCUAAUGAAGGGGGGAGCUUCAUGUGCAACAUCACUUUAUUUGUAUACACUUGAUUAUACUUUAAUAUUUCACUGUAUAAAUUAUGUUUGUGCAAUGUACAUGUGUGCAUGAUAUUAUCAGAAUAUACAUAUAUUUAAGUACUCAUAAUAUGCUACUAGUGGGAGUGGAGGAACUAGGCCAGUUCGCGAGAGAUAGAGAAGGGACCAUUAUAUUGGGCACAAGGUAGUGUAUGGGAAGGAGUGGGUGGAGUUUCAUACUGAUUGAUUGAUUGAAUUAGUUAGAUAAUUAAAAGUAGCAGGCUUCUCCAGCCAGAGACAACAUUACACGAUUACAGGAUUUGCUUUAAUUAUUGUUAUUUGUUAAAGUUCUAUUGAUGUGUCUCGAUCUGAUUUGUAUCAAAUGUUUACAGAGAGUGGUCUAAAGGGAAGUCGAUCACAUUUAAUGUUGGAUCCAUUCACAUGUUGCCCGUUCCUUAAACCUAAUUUGUCUUGUAUUGCGAUGGCCUACUGGAACUCUCCCAGCAAUCUUAUCAUCUCAGCUUUUUCAAGCUGUUUUAAUACAUAUUCAGUGCCUCUCAACAUUAAUUUUGUGAUGGACUGCACCCAGGGCUAUGAUUUUCUUGGGAGUUGAAACCACUCAUUAAAUGGGAUACAUUGAUUAUGUUACACAUUAAGUGAUCUAUAUUGUUCAGAUUAACCAUCCAGAGCAAAUAAGCUAUUUCUAUCUGAAACUAGCACAGCAGUGGAAUUAACCACUUUCAUAAUGAUAUGUAACAUACCCCUUAAAAGGGGAGUGUCUAUCUCACAGAGUAUACAGUGUGGGUCUGAGUGCAAUUCAUUAGUCCAAUGUUAGUAGUCAUCUCAUUCAAUGCCCUAUUUCUGUUUAAGUAAGUGGAGUUGUGUUUGACUGCUGCUACACAUCCAUCCAUGCUAGUUUUAUGGCUGUGGCUGUGCAGUCUCUGUCCUCUGAGGCAUUAGGCAGGAGCCAUUCCUUGCUGGGAGUAGUGUAGUGCUGUAGCAGCACAUCUGUUUGGCGCUCUAUCAGGGAGUGUGCCCUGGCAUGGGAACAGGCCAUACCCCAGGGAGAUCCACACAGGCACAACAAACACUAUCCAAUGGACCUAUCUGUGUACUCAGGCCAUUGUUGAUUUCCUACUCUCCUCUCCUCCAACAAGAUAUCAUUGUCAGCUAUGCGUGGCUGAGUUUGUGACUGAGUUUGGCUCUCUAUCUGUUGUUCAGAAAUAUAAUUUCUCAAAGACAGAUGGAUUUAUAAAUGUCGAAUGAAGUGAACUAUAUCUAGGGAUAAGGGAUGAAAAUAAGGGAUAGCUGCAGUGCCUUUCUAAUGUCACACAAUCACAUUUGAUCUCAUGGCUGCCUUCGGCACAAACAUGAUUCUCACGAACAAUCAACUCCAUUUCCAUUGGUGGCAGAAAUAUUGCCUCUGGUGCAAUAUUGCAAAUGUGGGAUCCAAAGAUCCCAAUUAAAUUGAAUUGACUUCCCUUUAGAGAAAAUAAUUCUAUAAUGUCUUGAAUGUACGUAUAUUUGAAGAAUAACAGAAUGACAACAGUUGUUUUUGAAACAAUUGGAACACCUAUUUUGGUCACGGUACAAUAUUGACUAACUAUUUAAUAAAAAAAUGUUAUACAUGUUA